AAACAAUUGUGACCUUCCAAGCGGAACAACUUCAUGUUGUAUCGCAUUACACAGUUGUCAACAGAGCAUGGCUACCAACUUCUUUCAACUUCUAUCUGCAAUUUUUACGAGAAUUAUCUUUCUCGUCCAUGGAUUUGUUUCAGUGUAUUUGGUUGUUAAUAGUUUAAAAAACCAUGAUUAUUGGUGGCUCUGUGUAGGGCUGGUUUUGCUCAUCAUUGAAUCGUUUUACACGAUUUUAAUCAGGAAAGGACAAGAGUACAAAUAUUUUUGGCCAGGAAGUCUUCUCUACAUGUGUACAGUGUUGCCUGUAAUCUGGGUCGCCGAAAUUGAUAUYCUURAMCAGCGGAAAUCAACGAACACGACAGACUGUGUGUUACAGGCUAACCAAGAGGUCACACGGUACACUUCCAUUGGUCCGAUUAGCCUUCGUAAUGAGGGCGCUACAGCAGCUCAAAAGUGGUCCAAACUCGGUCUCAUACUCGUCAUUAUCAUCGGGCGUUGGCUUCUUCCACGUGGGGAGCUAACACGUGACCAGCUUUCAGCCCUUCUAUUGGUCUAUGUUGCCAAUGCUGCUGAUAUUAUGGAAUUGUUUGAGCUGUUUGACGAUUAUCCGUCGCUGUGGUGUAGGGAAGGUAUUGCACAUGCUAUCCUCGCUACGUACACUUGGUGCUUUAUGCAGUUCACACUUGUCUUCACGGCUACAGCUAAUACUGUCCCAGACGAGGCAAGGAAAAAGAUGAACGAAGCAUUGAAAACGAUGAACGAACAAAACAAACAAAAAACCAAACGAGCUGGUAGAGAGAAAAGACUACCAAAAUACAUAAAAAGGCUAAUACACCAAAAACAGCAGCGCGAUUUGGAAAAGUUUGAAAAGAACAUCAACAAAGUCUUUGGCUCACCGGUUGAAGCACCGAAACGAAAAGAACGUAAGCGAAAACAUCGUUACUCUAUGCAUGAAACAGUCCAAGGAGUCGUUGAAGCACAACGCGAAAGAAAAAUCGAAGAAGAAGUAAUUGAAGAAGUUAUUAAGGAAAAGGAAAAGCUUCGCUUUCAUGGUGAUUUAUAUUCAAUAUUGACUAUUAUGAUUAUGCAAGAUGGGCCGUUCCUUGUUGUUCGUCUCAUAAUGAUCAUAAAAUACAACGUUACGAACGGAACACACUUAUUUUUCACUGGUAAAAACGCGAUGGCGUUGUCCGUGCUGUUCUACAGGCUCCUAGUCUUGCUUUACGAAGGGAAAAACGAUGAAAAAGAUGAAGAAUCGGACGCGGACGAGUUCCGGAGAAAUCCUUUUGUGUGGAGUCAUGAUAGAGAGUCAACAUACAGUGAAUACAGUGGCAGGAAAGUAACCCGUUUUGACCUUGAAUCCACUUACAGUGAACAAAGCUCAAACCAAAAACAACAAAGCUCAACCCAAAACGUGAACUCUUCUUUGGUGGUGUAGCAAACAGAUUUUUUGUUUAACAUUUAAACAAAAACACUAUAAAUUAAACUGGCCAAAAUGAAGUACACAGACCGUAUCAAAUAUCAAKUCAAUCACCUCUUUUUGUCAUUCUCUCUUUUUUAAUAAAGAAAUUGAUGAAAGACAAUCAAAAAGGCAUUUCUUCACGGUGCUCACCAUCACGAUCGCGCCAAGAAGGUUAUCGUACGUAAUUAACUUAAUAGGACAAUUUUUACUGCAGCCAACGCAAAGCCAGAAAAUAGCUCAUUUUUUGUCUCCCUUACUUACGAGCGGACCGGACCGUAACCAGCAAGAGCGUGCAAUAGUCUUCUUGACGGUUCCUUGCGCCUCGCGGGAUUCAAACAAGUCUGUGACAAGGUAUGAAACACUGGUCACGUGAUGGAUCGAUGUGUGCACCAGCAUGCGUGUCUAUCCCUCCCUCCUGAUGUAAAAGCUACAUACUUCGGGAAUUACGA